AUGUCGAAAGGCGGCGACGAGGGUAUAUGCUUAGAGCCCUCCGGGACCGGUGUGUAUGAACGAGUUGUCUAUUCUAAAGAAAAUCGCAUUGCGCGCUAUGCCGAUAAGACUCAUCGCCGUAAGAACUUUGGACGUUAUACACCAGCAAUGAAAAGCAUGAUACCAUUAAGAACAACUCACGAGCAUUCGAAAAGUGGAGGAUCUGCUAUUGAUGACGCUGGUUUACUUUCGUUUGUCACUUAUUCAUGGGUUUUUCAAUAUCUCUUGCAAGCGUUGAAAGGCAAAAUUGAUCGCGAUCGAGUUUGGGGUUGCAGCUUCUACGACAGCUGCGGACUGAACUUGGCAAGACUUGAAGUGCUCUGGGAAGAUGAGUUGAACCAGCAUCCAAACGCCCCAUCAUUUUUCAAAGUUAUUUUCCGUUUUGUCAAAACCCGUCUCUGGUUUUCGUGCGCCGUCUUUCUCUUUUGCCUGAUUUUCGGAUUUAUCGGACCAACAAGUUUUAUUCGACGCCUAAUCGCAUUUGCUGAAAACCCGUCGCGUGACGAAAAUGACAACGUUCUGUACUCAUAUGGAAUGUUCUUGGUGCUGGCAAUCGGAUUAGUCGAAUUUGCACGAGUGCUAUCGUAUGGUGCAACAUGGGCGGUGUCUUACAGAACUGGAAUCCGUGUUCGUGGAGCUGUUCUUGCUCUUCUCUACAAACAUGUUCUCAAUGCUAAAGAUCUAUGCGGUAAAUCGUCAUCAGAUGUCAUCAAUAUUUUCGCCAAUGAUGGACAACGUCUCUUUGAUGCGAUUACAUUUGCUCCAUUGGUUAUUGUUGGUCCUCUUGUGCUGAUUGGUGGUGUGGGCUAUUUGCUUGCUGUUAUUGGAAGAUGGUCUCUACUUGGUAUUUCCGUGUUUUUCUUCUUUGAUGCGAUUCAAUACGCGCUGGGAAAAACGAUGGUGAACUGCAGAAAUCUGGCGAUUGAGAAGACUGAAAAACGCAUCAGUUUAAUGGGCGAAAUUAUCCGCUUUAUUCGCGUAAUUAAAGUUAAUGGAUGGGAAGAUGUAUUUAGCAAAAAAGUUGAAGAAAUGCGACACGAGGAAAAAGUACAAAUUCGAAAAUCUGGAUAUGCUCAAUCCUUGGCUAUUGCCUGUGGACCAGUUGUUCCAGUUGUUGCAGCAGUUCUAACUUUUCUGGGAGUCGUUCUUUCUGGAAAUGAUCUUCUUGCUUCUGAUGCAUUCUCUGCAAUAACAGUCUAUUUUGUGAUGCUUUUCGGUAUUCGUAUGAUUCCUUACGGAUCGAGAUACCUUGCAGAGGCGAUUGUGGCUGUCCGCAGAAUUGAAGAAUAUCUUUUGUUGGAACCAUGGGAUCAUCGAUACAGCACUGGUGACCCUGAGUAUGUCGUUGAAACGAAAACUGUCAAUUAUACUUAUCAACCCACCAAAAACGAAGCCAGACAACCGAGUGAAACUGAAAAUCUUAACAACAAGGAGCCGUCAUUUACGCUGACUGUUGAAAAUUUAAAAAUUCGUCGUGGAGAGCAUGUUGCAGUUUGUGGACCCGUGGGAAGUGGAAAAUCGGCGCUUCUCAAAGCAAUUUCUGGACAUAUGUUUACCAGGGAUGAAGACAUGUGUGUUGACAGAAACAAUUUGGGAUAUGUGCCGCAAACCCCAUGGAUUAUCAAUGGAACCGUGCAGGAUAAUAUCUUGUUUGGCGAAAAGCUCAUCAACGAGCGCUAUUAUCGAGUGGUGAGCGGAACACAGCUCACCGAGGAUUUGAAUACAUUCGCUCACGGAGAUAGAACUGAAAUUGGCGAACGUGGAACUACUCUAUCUGGAGGUCAGAAAGCGAGAAUUUCCCUUGCUCGUACUGCCUAUGCCACCCGCAAUCUUUAUUUGCUCGAUGAUGUCUUGGCCAGUUUGGAUAAGAAAGUCGCUGACAAAGUGUUUGAAAGAAUUGUCUGCGAGUUUUUGGACAAAAAGACAGUUGUAAUGGCGACUAAUAACACCAAGAUUCUUUCUCGAUUCGAUCGAGUUCUUUACAUUGAAAAUGGGCGUAUCGUUGCUGAUGGAACCCACGUGGAACUAAUGGAUGAGAGUCCAGCAUAUGGAGAUUAUGUUAUUGCUUGCAGUCAUGAGCACAAUCCAAAUGAAGGAGACUUCGAUAGUACUCACGUUGUUGUGCCAAAUACUGUGGAAGAAGAAUUCGAAAAGAUUGGAGCUCCAGCUCCACACGAUUCUUCGGAAAACAUUGUUCAGCAUUUGGAAAGAGAUCAAUUGAUUAGCGAUGAGGAAGAUUUCGGAGCUACAGCAAUGUCCUGGAAAGUUUACAUGCUUUACAUAAAUGCUGCUGGAAGCUGGCCAAUCUGGACAUGCCUGGUUAUUGGAUUCAUCAUCAAUGUUGUUGCAUCAAUUUUUUCAACAUUUUGGCUUUCUCGCUGGUUGAAAAAGGGUCACAACGAACAGGUUAUUAUAACAAAUGGAACUGCUUUCCUUACUGCUAGCAAAAGUCUUGCGAAUAGUGAAGACACCUACUUCUACGCUGCUGUUUACGGAAUCUCCCUUGUCAUUCUCACAUUCUCCGGGCUGUUCAAAGCUUGCGUUUUCGUCAAAGUGUCUCUCAACGCUGCCAGUAAACUACAUAACUCGAUGUUCAAAGCGCUUAUUCGUGGAGCGACAAGCUUCUUUGACUCCACUCCAACCGGACGAAUUCUUAACAGAUUUUCGAAGGAUAUGGAUGAGAUUGAUGUGAAACUUCCGUUUACUGCUGAAGUCUUCUUGCAAAACAUGAUUACUUGCCUCGGUUUCUUGGUCGUCAUUGCCUGGGUCUUCCCGUGGUUCUUGGUUGCUUCUAUUCCACUUUGCGGCGUUUUUGUUCUUUUUGUCUCGUGUUUCCGAGCUGGAAUCAGAAACUUGAAACGUUCGGAGCAUAUUUCGAGAUCCCCUCUAUUUGAUCACGUGACUACGAGCUUGGAGGGAAUUGCAUCGAUUCACUCUCUUCAUCAAACAGGCAGAUAUAUGGACAACCUUAAAAAGCAUCUCGACGCAAACAGCGGAGCCGUUUUCAUGUUUCAAUCGGCAAUGCGCUGGCUUGCUGUCUGGCUUGAUCUUCUCGUUGUUUUGAUGACCGCUGUCGUUGCAUUCUUUAUUAUUGCUCUUUCUGGCACUGUCUCUCCCGCUGACGCAGGAAUGGCUAUCGCAUUUGCCGUGCAAAUGAGCGGCAUUUUCCAGUUCGCUGUGAGAACCCAAACCGAACUCGAGGCUAAGAUGACAAGUGUUGAACGCGUUUCCUAUUAUGCCGAUAAUAUCACUCCUGACGGUGAAUUCCACACCAAGAAAGGUGUUGACGUUCCGUCAAACUGGCCACCUCAUGGGCAAAUCAACUUCCAGGAAGUCAAACUUCGCUAUCGUCCGAAACUUCCGCUUGCCUUGAAUGACAUUUCAUUUGAAAUUAAGGCUGGAGAAAAAAUUGGCAUCAUUGGUCGCACUGGAUCUGGAAAAUCUUCACUUGGAAGCGUUCUUUGCCGUUUGUAUCCACUCACAUGGGGAAAAAUAUUCAUCGAUGGUGUCGAUAUCACCACAAUGGGUUUGACAAGAUUGAGAAGAGCAAUUGCUGCCAUCCCCCAAGACCCAUCGCUCUUCUCGGGAAGUAUCCGUUUCAAUUUAGACCCUGGAAAUGAAUUCAGUGACUCUGAUAUCUGGCAAGCUCUAGAGAGAUGCUAUUUGAAAGAUCACGUGAGCAGAUUAGAGCAUAAAUUGGAAUCGGAAGUGAAUUCCGGCGGUGAAAACUUUUCUGUUGGAGAAAGACAACUCUUCUGUCUCGCACGUGCUCUUUUAUCAAAAUCAAAAAUUGUCAUUCUUGAUGAAGCGACAGCAUCGGUUGAUCUCGCUACAGAUAAAUUAAUUCAAAAAGUGAUUCGCGAAGUUUUCAUCGAAGCCACUGUUCUCACAAUUGCCCAUCGAUUGGACAAUGUUAAGAAAAUGGACCGCGUUCUUUUCCUUGAAAACGGAAAGAUUGUCGAUUUCACGACUCCGCAAGAAUUAUUCAGCAAGGGCUGGGAUGAUUUGAAGAAAUUUGCGGAAAAUGGAAGUAAUGAUUCGGAAUCCGCUGUUGUCAUUAAUGAAAGCUCUAGUCAAUCGUCGCCGGAAAUCUUGGAAGCACACUCGCAACAUAGCGAAUCGGACAGCAUUGAGAAGCUUGAAAAGGAAGAUGGAAAAGAAAGUAGCUCGGACCCGGAUAUGGAGGUUAUAGAAAAAUAA